UGUUUACGACAAGUAUUUUCAGGAAUUUCUCCGUGAAUCUUUGCAAAUUUUAGACGAUUUACACUGCAAUAACCAAUGUGCAAUGGGAGAAAAGACUGCACCUAAUUCCCAGUUGCGACUGGAGUGGGUUUAUGGUUAUAGAGGUCACCAAUGCCGCAACAAUUUGUUUUAUACGGGUGCCAAAGAUAUUGUUUAUUUCGUGGCCGGUGUAGGCAUAGUUUAUAACCCAAGAGAGAACCGGCAAAGAUUCUUCCUUGGACACGAUGAUGAUAUUUUGUGCUUAACUUUGCAUCCAGAUAAGAACCAGGUUGCUACUGGGCAAACAGGAAAAGACCCAUACAUUUGUGUCUGGGACAGCAACACUCUAGCCACACAGUCGAUUCUUAAGGGUGGGCCGAAGAAUGGUAUAGGAGCUGUGUCAUUUGAUAGGGAAGGCCAGAGACUAGUAUCGGUAGGUCUGGACCCCCAUGCCACAAUACAUGUCUGGGAAUGGAGGAAGGGCAAGGUUAUAGCCACCGUCCGAGGACACACCGACAGGGUGUUUGACAUCAAAUUCAGCCCAUAUCAAGAAAACCUCAUAGUUAGCUGUGGAGUUAAGCACAUCAAAUUCUGGAAUUUGUGUGGAAAUGCUCUUACAGCUAGCAAAGGUAUAUUUGGUAAGGAAGGUGAGAUUCAGACUGUCCUCUGUGUGUGUGCGGGCAGUAAUGACACAACUUACUCAGGGACACUCAGUGGUGAUGUCUACAUAUGGAGGGGUAAUAGGCUUGACAGAAUUGUCCAAGCAGCGCAUAAGGGUGCCAUUUACACUCUGGACAUGACGGACGAGGGUUUCAGCUCUGGAGGGAAGGAUGGGACCGUGAGACUGUGGGACCUUGACUUUAAGCCUAUCGCCACUAUCAACCUCUCUUCCUCUAAGGAUGGAUACAAAGGUCUGUGUGUGCGGAGUGUGUGCUGGCGUGGGGAGCGAGUAUUGGUGGGGACUCAGGAUAGCGAAAUAUUCGAGGUUGGAGCCCACGGACAGGAAAUGCCCCGCUGUCUCGUGCAGGGCCACGCUGAGGGGGAGUUGUGGGCCCUGGCUGUUCACCCACGGAAACCAGUAUUCGCUACUGGCAGCGAUGACCAAACACUACGCAUCUGGAGUAUGAACAACUUUGAGAUUCUCUCCAAGACCACAAUGGAACAGAAGAUCCGCUCAUGUGCAUUCGACAACGAUGGAGGACAGCUGGCCGUUGGCUUGAUGGAUGGAUCAUUUAUGGUGCUGAAGUCCAGGGACCUGUCCGAAGUGAUCCAUAUCAAGGACAGGAAGGAGGUAUUACAUGAGAUGAAGUUUAGUCCAUGUGGGAAAUUUCUGGCAGUUGCCUCUAAUGACAAUUUUGUGGACAUCUACUCUGUUGAGCAGCGAUACAAGCGGGUGGGCACUUGCUCGGGAAACUCGAGCUUCAUUACGCACAUUGACUGGUCUGAAGACAGCAAGUACCUGCAGACAAACAGUGGGGCUGCAGAAAGGCUGGUCUUCAAAAUGCCAACUGGCAAGCAGGCCACAAACAAGGAUGAACUGAGUGCCAUACACUGGAGCACAUUCACAGGGGUCCUCGGACAGGAAGUGAACGGUAUCUGGGAGAAAUACACAGACACUAAUGACGUCAAUGCCGUAGAUACAAACUAUGAGGGCAAAGUAGCAGUUACGGGUGAUGAUUUUGGAUUGGUCAAGCUCUUCAAAUUUCCUUGCUUAAAGAAAGGAGCCAAGUUCCGGAAGUAUGUUGGUCACUCUGCCCAUGUGACGAAUGUUCGGUUUUCCCAAGACAAGCAGCGCGUUAUUUCAACAGGAGGCGGUGACCAUGCUGUGUUCCAGUGGCGGUUCCUGGCAGAGGGAACAACAGAAAAUGACAUAGGCGAUCCACAACAAGGUUUUGUUGACUCAAACAGUGAGGAGUCUGAUUCUGAUCUUAGCGAUGUUGGGGCGGUGGACUCGGACCUGGAACAGGAGAAGCAAGUGUCGUACGGGCGGAAUGUGUAUCGGGAGGAUCUGAUAAAGAUGAAGGCACUCAUGAAGGAGGAGCUGGGUGGCGGCAAAAAGAGGAAAACUGCCCCUACCAACAGUCUCAAACUGGAGUUUGUGCACGGGUACCGAGGGUAUGACUGCCGUAACAACCUGUUCUACGCCCAAUCAGGGGAGAUAAUAUACCACGUAGCAGCUGUGGGAAUUGUGUACAACCGAGAAAAGAACACCCAGCGCUUCUACCUUGAGCACACAGAUGACAUCCUCUGUCUGUCUAUACACCCACUGAAGGACUUGAUAGCCACUGGACAGGUUGGUCGUGACCCAUCAGUUCAUGUGUGGGAUGUUGAGACACUGAAAACGGUGGCUGUACUCAAGGGCCAGCAUGAGAGGGGAGUGUGUGCUGUAGACUUCUCAGGAGAUGGAAAGAAGCUGGUGUCAGUGGGGCUUGAUGAUAACCACUCCAUUGUGAUCUGGGACUGGCGGAAGGGGGAAAAACUAGCAACCACAAGGGGUCACAAGGACAAGAUAUUUGUGGUGAAGUGGAACCCGUUUGAUCCUAACAAGCUCAUCUCUGUAGGCAUCAAACACAUCAAGUUCUGGACACAAGCAGGUGGAGGUUUCACUUCCAGUCGAGGUACCUUUGGGAAGAUAGCAAAGAACUGUGACAUGCUGUGUCUCGCGUUCGGCAAGACAGCUGAUCUUGUGUACUCUGGAGGAAGUGAUGGCAAUGUGUUUGUCUGGGCAGGGACGAACCUUCAGAAAACUGUCAAAGCCCAUGAAGGGCCUUUGUUUGCUAUGCAUUCCCUAGAUAAGGGUUUUGUGACUGGAGGUAAGGACGGAGUUAUCGGCCUAUGGGACGACCAGUUUGAACGAUGUCUAAAGACUUAUGCCAUCAAGCAGGAAACCCUGUCUGCGGAGUCUCGCGGCGUUCUCCUCCGCGACUCUCCUGCUGUGCGUGCCAUCGUGCUUGGCCACGGGAAAAUACUUGUGGGAACAAAAAAUGGGGAAAUCCUUGAGGUGGACAAGUCUGGGCCCAUCACUUUACUUACUCAGGGUCAUCUGGAGGGUGAGGUGUGGGGUGUGGCAGUCCACCCUGUGAAGGACUUCUGUGCCACAGUCAGUGACGACAAGACUCUCCGUGUCUGGGACAUGACAGACGCCCAUCGCCUUGUCAACUUCAAGCUGCUCCCUCAGGGGGCCAGGUGUGUUGACUUCUCUCCUGAUGGAAAGUUCCUAGCUGUUGGAUUAAGAGAUGGCAGUUUCACAGUUGUAAACUCAGACACAAUGAACGAGGUUGUCUCCAUGCACCAUAGGAAAGAGGAGAUCGCUGAUAUCAAGUUCUCACCAGACACUGGAAAGUACCUUGCUGUUGGUUCCCAUGACAAUUUUGUGGACAUCUACAACGUGCUGGGUCAGAAGCGGGUGGGAACGUGCAAGGGGGCUUCCUCCUACAUCACACAUGUAGACUGGGACAAACAAGGUAAGGUGUUGAUCGUGAACUCUGGUGCAAAGGAGCAGUUGUUCUUUGAGGCCCCUCGAGGGAGGCGGAUCACACUGAAGAACCAGGAGAUUGAGAGGUUUGGCUGGCACACCUGGACGUCUGUUUGUGGGGCCUCCUGUGAGGGUCUCUGGCCCCCAAAGUCUGAUGUGACUGACAUCAACGCCACCUGUACCACUAAGGACAUGUCUGUCAUUGCUACUGCUGAUGACUUUGGCUUUGUGAAGCUAUUUAACUAUCCUGCCAAGGGAAAAUUCUCCAAGUACAAGAAGUAUGUAGGUCACAGUGCCCAUGUGACCAACUGUAUGUUCUCAGCGGGGGACAAGAAACUAGUUACCACAGGAGGAGCGGACACGUCUGUGAUGGUUUGGACACACAUCUCUGGCCAGGAACGCACAACAGCAUGUGGGGACAGCGACGACUCAGACACAGACUCUGAAGAGGAGGGAGGUUAUGACAGUGAUGUUGAGUGGGAAAAGAAUAUGGACUACACAUCAAAGAUCUACGCCAAUCCAAUCAAGGAAAAAGAUGGGGUUAAACCUCACUUGCAGGAAUCCACACAGGAGGCCAAGCCCCUGGUGAGCAGAAAUGCCCCUGAGCCUCCAAAGGUGAAGAGAGCUGAGAUCCCUGCCACGAGUGGAGGCAAGAGGAGGAAAACCACACAGGUCAAUGACCUGCAGCUGGAGUACAUCUAUGGUUACCGAGGGUUUGACUCCCGUAACAACCUGCACUAUGUGAAUGAUGGUGCUGAUAUUGUCUACCACGCUGCUGGGGCUGGCAUUGUGAAAAAUCUCUCAUCAGGUGCACAGUCUUUCUACCUGAAGCACACAGAUGACAUCAUCUGCCUGGCUGUGAACCAGCACCCCAAGUUUAAGAACAUUGCAGCGUCCGGUCAGAUUGGUAAUCCACCCAGUAUCCACAUCUGGAGCACAGCCACCAAGGAGACUCUGUCUAUACUCAGGGGAGAGCACUCUAAAGGGGUGUGCUCAGUUGACUUCUCCUGCACCGGAAAGUAUGUAGUCUCUGUUGGCCUGGAGCAUAGUGUCACCGUCUGGCGCUGGCAGGAUGGUCAAAAGCUUGCCACUGCCAAGGGCCACAACCAGAGAAUCUUCCGUGCUGAGUUCCGGCCUGACUCUGACAGCCAGUUUGUGACAGUGGGCGUAAAGCAUGUCAAGUUCUGGACUGUAGCUGGGAACCAGAUUGUUGGGAAGAGAGGCGUGCUUACUGACGCUGGAGCGGGAACCAAUAUCAAGAAACUACAGACCAUGCUCUCCAUUGGCUUUGGAGCUAACAAUGUGACAUACACGGGAGCUAUGAGUGGUGAUGUGUAUGUGUGGAAGGAUCAGAUAUUACAGCGCCUUGUCCAGAAGGCUCACAGCGGCCCCGUCUUCUCCAUGUUCACUACACUACGUGACGGGCUCAUCGUCACCGGGGGAAAAGAAAUGCCAUCCAAGGACAAUGGCCCUGUGAAGCUAUGGGAUCAGGAGAUGAAGAGAUGCCGGGCCUUCCCUCUACGAGACCACGGUUCCAAGGCAGAUGUGGUCAAGUCUGUCUGCAGAAUAAAGGGCAAGAUUCUUGUGGGCACAAAGGACAAUGAUGUAAUAGAGAUCGGAGAGAAGAAUGGAGCAGCCCACACGCUGGUUGGCGGUCAUGCUGAAGGAGAAGUCUGGGGACUGGACCGACACCCGACCCUCCCACAGGUCAUCACAGCCAGCUUUGAUGGCACUGUCAGGAUCUGGGACAUUCAGACCAAGGCAUUAGUUGCCAAGCUGUCAGUGGGAGCAGCAAGAUGUGUGUCAUACAGCCCAGAUGGGGAGAUGAUUGCCGUUGGCCUCAAGAAUGGCGAGUUUCUCGUCCUGAUGGCCAAUGGGCUCAAGAUGUGGGGCAAACGGCGAGACAGGGCGGGCGCCAUUAAUGAUAUAAGAUUCAGUCCGAACGGCAAAUACCUGGCAGUGGGGUCAGAGGACAGUUGUGUGGAUUUCUAUGACAUCAGUAAGGGCCCAUCUCUCCAGCGUACCGGCUACUGCAAGGGCAUACCAAGCUUUGUCAUACAGCUCGACUUCUCUGCAGACAGCCAGUAUAUCAGGGUGAGCACAGGGGCAUAUGUACAUCAGGUGUUUGCAGUACCUGCUGGAACACUGGUGGAGGAUAAGAAGAUUGUAGACAAAAUCACCUGGGCAUCUUGGACUAGUGUUCUGGGAGAGGAGGUGGUGGGUAUCUGGCCGCGUGAUGCAGACAAGGCGGACGUGAACUGUGCACAUCUCUCACACACGGGCACCGCAUUUGCUACUGGCGAUGACUCUGGCCAUGUUAAGCUCUUCAACUUCCCUUGCGCAGAGAAAUAUGCCCCUCAUAAGAUGUAUGGUGGCCACUCCGCCCAUGUGACCAAUGUGAGGUUCACAGCAGAUGACAAGUACCUCGUCAGUACAGGUGGAGAUGACUGCUGUGUGUUUGUCUGGAAAUGCAUCUAGGACUGUGAGUGAACACAGAGUCGUUGGAGGAACAAUGAAAUGAAUCAGCAGAAUGUAAUGGAUCAUGCUUUAAAGGGUGUAGUUUGUGAUGCUUAGUUUUUCUGUGUAGGAGUCUUUACAGGGAUGUAGAUGCAGAGCUUUGUCUUAUUGUGGACCUUACAUGACAAAAUGUGGGAAAAUAUAUCAUCAUAGUAGAAGUUUAGAAUUAAUAUCAUUUUAGAUCUGACUGAACAAUUAUGUGUAAAAAUUGAUAGAAAAAAUGUACUAAAAUCUUGUUACUUUUCUAUGUCAAAUAUAGACAUUUCAUUAAGGUUUAUGUUGUAUUUUCAAUUUGUCUUAUUUAUUGUAUCCGUCCAUUUUACAAAAUAUGUAAUAUAUUUUCAUAAUAGUUUAAGACGAGACUGUUACUGAUUAUUUGAAUGUUUGAACAAUGAAAAUUUUACGUACUGUUUUGAAUUUAUUAAUGCCUGAAUGACUCCAUUCCAAUAACAUGCAUGUUGUUUUGCAGCAUGUUUACUUCCAGGGAAAAUACAUGCUCAUUUUGGAUUUGUACAAUGUGGCCCCAAUUUCCCCGAACAUUCUUAACUCCCUCUUAACAAGAUCAAGCUAAGCAAACAUUUUGUCUCUGUAUACUUUGUGUAAUGUUCUUCUUUUAAAAGGUUAGAAACAUUUAAAAGAAAUCAUUUCACAGACAAUUAUGAUAAACUAUGUUUUGUUUAUGAAAUGAAGUUGAAGUUAGUAAUUUGUCUAAAAUACUGAAAUAUGAUACCUAAUCCUGUUAUGCUUAAGAUUUUAGGGGAAAUUGGGCUCAGGUAUUGUACUGAUUAAAUGUUCUUUUGACCAUCUUUUAUUUUUGUAAGCACAUUUGUCUUCUUUUUAUCUGUGAUACUCAUUAUAUAUAUAUUGGAUUUUUUCAUUAUGAUAUAAUUUUCUGAUUAAUUAGUGCUUAUGGUUAUACAGAUGUAAUUUACAUUAUGCAUUAUACAUGAAUGUUUGAAUGUUUUUAUUAAGGAUCAACGAUUGUGACAAUUUUGCAACUUCUUUGUUACUGAUGACAUUUUCUCAAUUUCUAUAUAAGUUUGAAACAACAAAGUGCAUUUAAGAAUAGCGAAUUCUGCCGAUCAUUUAAGGGUUUUCUGCCUGUCAUUAUAACCUUGAAUGUGAUUCAUGCAUGUACCCUCAUGAAUGACUGUCAGUUUAAGGAAAUAACUCCCAAGUAAAACCAUAUGCCUUGAAGUUGUGCUUAUGACCUUUUUCAGGCAUUUUAUCAUAUCACAUAUUGACUCCGAUGUGUAUAUGGCAGCAUAAGUCAUGACUUGUAGUAAGAUAGUAUGGCUUUGACUUACUUACAUGUAGAUAGAUAGACAUCAUGUAAUUUAGGUUAUUUUACAUUAAAAUAUUACUAGUGA